AUAACGACGUCGAGCGUCGUUCUUCAGAGUCUCAAGUCAUCGCAGGAAUCUCUUCCACGGAUGAGGAGGAGAAAAUGCAAGUACCGAGACAGAGCAGGAUUGCGGAGCCUGGUGCCGCGCUGUCUUCUACAGCUAGUAAGAAUGAAUAUGAAACAACGAAGGAUCAUAGGGUCCUCGACCUCGUGAUGAAUGAUGCUGAUGUUUUUGAGGCGAAAUCGACGGAGGCUGGUGGAAGUGAGGUCAUGGCACAAGACGAAAUCGAAGAGGCGGUCAAAGCUAGAUUUCGCGAGGAAACAACAGAGGAGAAGAUGCACGAAGUUAUCGCAAAAGUAAGAGCAGACCACGUUGCUGGUGGCCAUGCGGGGCAUGCCACAAAAUCAUCGACAGUCGGGCCUGCAGAAUGUUU